AUGAAGGUCGCACUAGAGUUGGCUCUGGAAGCACAUUCUGUAGGGGAAGGCACCCGCCAUGCUGAGUUUGAGGGCAUAGACAUGAUCCUGGCUCAGGAAGAGUACUUUGCAAAGAAUAAGCAGGACUCACGCUCGUUCUGGAAGGAUGUGGUUCUUUAUGUCACUAUCGAACCCUGCAUCGGUCAUGUUUACUUUGGGGCGGGGAAUGAUCGAUUUGGUGGCAACGGGUCCGUCUUCAACAUCCACACUGACACUGAGCUUCCUCAUUCACCUUAUCCUUCUGAGGGAGGAUACUACCGGGGCGAGGCCAUUAUUAUCCUGCGCAAGUUCUAUGUUGGCGAAAAUACGCAUGCUCCUGAGCCCAAGAAGAAGAAGCAUCGUGUGCUGAAAGAGGAACUCCCAUAG